UUUUCCGAUAAUUUUUUAUUAUACAGUUCACCUGAGUUGCAGAAGAAAGGCAUCGUUCCUCCUCUCAAGCGAGCACUUUCCAGAGUUAGGGUUUUUGCUCGAUUGUUUCCGAUUCUUCAGCUUGAUCGGGUGUUAGCUUGAUUUGAGAUGGCUCCAGUUCCGGAUCCGAACAACGUUGGUGGUGGUGCGAAGCGGGAUGAAGCUACGACGAAGGUUCCUUCUAAGGAUCCCAAGAAGAAGGAUGAUAAGAAGGAGGACGAUCUCUCUGAAGAGGACUUGGAACUAAAGCAGAAUCUGGAGCUUUAUGUUGAGAGGGUUCAGGACCCCAAUCCUGAGUUGCAGAAGGCCGCUCUUGAAAGCAUGAGGCAGGAAAUUCGUGCCUCAACAAGCUCCAUGACUUCAGUUCCCAAACCCCUCAAGUUUCUCCGUCCUCAUUAUGGAACUCUUAAGGAGUUACAUAAAAAUAUGGCGGACUCUGAUCUCAAGAAAUUGUUGGCUGAUAUACUGUCGGUUCUGGCCCUGACCAUGUCUGCUGAGGGUGAAAGGGAAAGCUUAGGAUAUAGGUUAACUGGAUCAGGAGGUGACAUCGGAUCGUGGGGUCACGAGUAUGUCAGGAAUUUGGCCGGCGAGAUUGCAGAAGAGUAUACAAUGCGUCAGAGUGAGGAGGCCUCCGUUGAGGACUUAAUGGAUCUUGUGAAGCAAAUUGUUGCAUUUCACAUGAAGCACAAUGCAGAAACCGAAGCUGUUGACCUUUUAAUGGAUGUUGAGGAUCUUGAUCUCUUACUUGCGCAUGUAGACCGCACAAAUUUCAGGAGGACGUGCAACUAUCUCACGAGUUCAGCAAAAUUCCUUCCAGGACCGGAUGACAUGCUGGUUUUAGAUAUUGCUUACAUGAUCUACAUGAAGUUUGAGGAAUAUCCAAACGCUCUGCAAGUUGCACUAUUUCUUGAUAACAUGCAGUAUGUGAAGCAAGUAUUUACCUCAUGCUCUGAUCUGCUAAGAAAGAAACAGUUCUGCUACAUGAUUUCACGCCAUGGCAUCACCGUUGAGCUCGACUCUGAGAUGGUUGCAGAUAAGGAUGACAGAGACAUGCUGCAGGAUAUUGUUAACAACACCAAGUUAAGUGAAGGAUAUCUGACGCUUGCAAGGGAUAUUGAGGUCAUGGAGGCCAAGACGCCUGAAGACAUCUACAAGGCUCACUUGCUUGAUGGCAGAGCUAGCUCUGGCCCAAGUGUGGAUUCUGCUAGACAAAAUCUAGCUGCGACGUUUGUGAAUGCAUUUGUAAAUGCUGGUUUCGGCCAGGACAAACUAAUGACAGUACCAUCAGACGCAGCUAGUGGAACUGCUGGAAACUGGCUCUUCAAAAAUAAAGAACAUGGCAAGACCAGUGCAGCUGCUAGCCUGGGUAUGAUUCUACUGUGGGAUGUGGACGCCGGACUUACCCAACUUGACAAAUAUUUUCAUAGCACUGAUAAUCCCGUCCUUGCUGGAGCUCUGCUAGGUGUUGGGAUUAAUAAUUGUGGCAUUAAGAGUGAUUGUGAUCCUGCAUUGGCCCUUCUUGGAGAAUAUAUUGAUAACGAGGAUUCAUCUGUCCGAAUUGGUGCUAUUAUGGGUCUCGGGAUUGCAUAUGCCGGUUCCCAAAAUGAUCAGUUAAGAAGCAGCUUGUCUCCGAUACUGAAUGACGCAAAAGCACCUCUCGAUGUGAUUGCUUUUGCAGCACUUAGUUUGGGGAUGAUUUAUGUUGGUUCGUGUAACGAAGAGGUUGCCCAAUCUAUUAUAUUUGCUUUGAUGGAUCGGAGUGAGGCACAACUUGGUGAUGCUCUUACUCGUUUCUUGCCUCUUGGUCUUGGACUUUUGUACCUUGGCAAACAGGAAAGUGUGGAGGCUACCGCGGAGGUUUCAAAGACAUUCAAUGAGAAAAUCAGAAAGUAUUGUGAUAUGACACUUCUUUCCUGUGCGUAUGCUGGAACCGGGAAUGUCCUUAAGGUCCAAGACCUUCUGGCUCAGUGUGGAGAGCAUCUGGAGAAAGGUGAUAUCCACCAGGGCCCAGCUGUUCUUGGAAUAGCGAUGGUUGCUAUGUCUGAAGAGUUGGGUCUUGAUAUGGCGAUCCGUUCUCUGGAGCGCGUGCUACAGUAUGGAGAACAAAACAUUAGGCGUGCAGUGCCUUUGGCCCUUGGUCUCCUAUGUAUAUCAAACCCAAAGGUUAAUGUUAUGGACACCUUGAGCCGGCUUAGCCAUGACACAGAUUCAGAAGUUGCAAUGGCUGCGAUAAUUUCCCUUGGUUUGAUUGGCGCUGGGACCAACAAUGCAAGGAUUGCUGGCAUGCUUAGAAAUCUAUCCAGCUAUUAUUACAAGGAUGCCAGCCUUCUCUUCUGUGUGCGUAUUGCUCAAGGAUUUGUGCAUAUGGGAAAAGGUCUCUUAACUCUCAGUCCCUUCCACUCGGAACGGCUCUUGCUAUCCCCAACGGCGCUUGCUGGUAUAGUGACAUUGUUGCAUGCAUGCCUUGACAUGAAAUCCAUCAUACUGGGGAAAUACCAUUAUGUUCUCUACUUCAUCGUUUUGGCGAUGCAGCCAAGAAUGAUGCUGACGGUGGAUGAGAACCUGAAACCCAUCUCGGUACCAGUGCGGGUGGGACAAGCGGUUGACGUUGUGGGACAGGCAGGUCGACCAAAGACAAUCACUGGGUUCCAAACACACUCCACACCUGUUCUCCUUGCUGCUGGGGAGAGAGCCGAACUCGCAACAGACAAGUACAUUCCAUUGUCUCCCAUACUAGAAGGUUUCAUCAUAUUGAAAGAGAAUCCAGACUACAGAGAGGAGUGAAUCCAAAACUCGAAGUACCCAGCAUUUGGAUAAUACUUUCUAUAUGGUUUUAUGUGCACAAUAAGUUAUUUUUCUUAGCACUUCGAUGUUCCCAGGAACUUGGCUUAGUUAACACUUUCCUUUUGUUAGACCGCUUAAUUCUAAAGUUGGACAAUCUUUUUAAAAUUAUGUUA